GGAAACGUAACCUCAAAAUAAUGGAAAACGUGCGUCGCGUCCUGCACGCGUUCUCCUAUUAAUUUGUUAUUUAUUAUAUUUAAAAUAGGUAAUUAUUUAAUUUUAAGUUCAUUAUGCAGAGAAAAUAAUUUAUUAUUCUGAUAAUGGAAAAAGAAGCAAAAAAUUGUCAAGGAAAAGAUGUUUUCGAACGAAUGAAUUACUUGUACCAGGCAAGUCAUAAGAUUGUAAAUAAAAAUUUACCCCUGGCUUCACACUUGAGCUCUUUGAUGGUUGGCUGUGCGAAAAAAGCAGUAUUGCGAAUGGAACCAGCAGUAAAAAGAACAAUUUGUAAACAUUGUCAAUCGCCGCUUAUUCCUGGCAAAACAGCACGUGUUCGAUUAGUAUCAAAACCAGCGAAAGCAAUAAAGUGGACCUGUUUAGCUUGUGGAGAAAAUAGAAAAAUUCCAACAAAAAAAGGACACAAAUUGUGGUGGGAUCAACCAGAAGCAGUCAAGUGUAUUCUCGAUUUUAGUCCAAAGGUAACUGAUUCAUCAAAAUUUUUAAAAACUCAAAAGGAAUCCAUGCCUGCAGAGAAAGGAAAACAAGAAGUCGAUGAUAGAGAAUUAAACAAUAAGGAAACAAAUGAAAAAAUUAAUUUAGAAAAAUUGUAAAUUCUCAACAUUUUUGAAUUAUUAUUGUUUUGCAUUAAUCUUGAUUGUAUAAAUAUUUUCAAAAUAAUUU